ACCCUCGAAGUCCCGCAGUUGUUAUUGGGGGUUGGCGUAAGUAAGGCAGUGCGAGUGUGCCGGGGGACUGACUGGACUCGUUUCUCGUUAUACCUUUUGUAGUGGUGCCCUUCAAUCCGCCAAGAUUCGGGUCAAGAACAGAGACCCCAUCCCUGUGUACCACCAGAUGGAGCACCAGGAGAUGGAGGAGGGGGACGGGCGCAUGUGCAUCAAGAGUGAGGGCGUCACGAGCAUGGAGGAGGACAACAACGGCAUGGGGCUGGGCGUGGGGGUGGGCGUGGGCGUGGGGCUGGGCGGGGGCGGCAGGGACAGCCCUCUCAGGCCCGACAUGAGCAUGGUGGAGGGCGAAGACAUCCUGGCCAAGCUGAAGGAACAGGUCUCCUCCGCCACGACCACCCUCCUGCCUCCCUCCGCCGCCCUCACCCUCCCCCCGCCCUCCUCGCACUCCCCCUCCCUCCACAACAACAACAACAACAACAUCAGUCUCAACAACAACACGCCCAAUGGAACGAGUAAUGGUAGCAACACGAAUGGGAGCAACAACAACAACAAUAACAACAACAGCGUUCACAGUAUAUACGAUCGGCUGCAAAGUCUCCUGCAAGCUAAGAAAAAGUCUGAGGAGGAGGGCAUGGAGGGCGAGGAGGACUCGCGCGACCUGGUGCUGCGGGCCGAGGCGCUGCACCGCCAGCGGGAGUCGCUCUUGUCGUCGCCUCAGGCGCUGAUGAACGCCAUGCGGGGCGGCGCGCCGCCCUCGCUGGUGCCGUCCGCCGCCCACCCCCACCUGCCCUUCAUCCCCAGCACGGUGGGGCUGCCGCCCACCUCGCAGAUGCCACCCACGCCGGGCUCGGCGGGCUCCCGCGACUCCUCGGGCAACGGCGCCCGCACGCCCUCGCACACGCCCGAGCCCCACCAGAGUCAGCAGUCCUGGAGCUUCGAGGAGCAGUUCAAACAGGUACGGGAACCCGCGAAGCACUCGUCCUUUGAAGAAGACAAACGCAAGUUGUACGAGCUGGACGACGACGUGAAGAGGAAGGACUUUCUGGACGAGCUCUUCUCCUUCAUGCAGAAGCGAGGCACGCCCAUCAACCGCCUCCCCAUCAUGGCCAAGCAGGUGCUGGACCUGUACGAGCUCUACAACCUGGUGGUGGCGCGCGGCGGACUCGUGGACGUGAUCAACAAGAAGCUGUGGCAGGAGAUUAUCAAGGGCCUCAAGCUGCCCUCCUCCAUCACCUCCGCGGCCUUCACGCUCAGGACGCAAUACACUAAAUACCUGUACCCGUACGAGUGUGAGAAGACGAAGCUGUCCAGCCCGGCGGAGCUGCAGGCGGCCAUCGACAACAACAGGCGGGAGGGGCGCCGCUCCUCCUACGGCAGCUAUGUGGACAGCGUGCAGCCGCCCCUCCUCAGCCUCCAGUCCCUGCAGAGCCUCCACAGCCCCCUCGCCCUCGCCACCUCGCACUUCAACGGCGGAGGCAACACCUACCCGCUGCCCCAACCCGACGGUCUGCUAGGCCGCGGCGGGUCGCCCCCGGGGUCGCAGGAGGCGCUGCUGGAGGCAACGCGCCUCACCAUGUGGAAGCUCUACAACCAGGGGCUCGGCGGAGUCGGCGGCGGCUUCCCGCACGAGGACGAGGCCGUUAAGCUGCCACCGCCGCCGCCACACCACCCGCUGGCCGGCGGAGGCGGCAUGCCCUUCCCGCCGCAGAAGGAGGCGCUCAACCUCGAGGUCAAGGACGAGGACAUGCCGCCGCUCCUGGACAACCGUGGGUACCAGCCUUUCUGCCUGCAACGGGCGGGGCGCCUCAAGGACCCUGCCGACCACCACCGCAUCGACCUCCGCAACGACCUACGCAACGACCUACGCAACGACUUCAGAAGCGAGCUGCGUAACGACAUGCGUAGCCGCCUAGAGGAGGCCUCCAUGGCGCCCUCAGCCAAGCGCCCCGCCCAGCAGCAACAGGACGAGCCCAACGACCACCGUCUCCCGCCGCCCACCACGCCCACGCCGCCCACGCCGCCCGGCUACCCUGGCGCCAACAUCAAGAUUACGUCCAGAGGCGGGCGGGGUCAGGACCAGAGCAUGGUGGUCAGUAUGGAGGUCAACGGCAUCAUGUACCAGGGCGUGCUGUUCGCUCAGGCUCCCCGGGCACGCUUCAGCUAAAGACGCUCUGCUCUGUACGCCCGAACCCGGAGGCGGCGCUGACGGGGCAGGACCCAGGGCAAGGGGGAGGUGUAGGCCCUUCACCGCUCCAACAGCCCUUCAGCCGUUCGCCACGUCCUCUCACCUCUUCACCCCUUCCUGGAGACGAUGGGGCUGGGGAGGACAUAGGGAGGAAAAAGGAAGAAUGGAGUUCAUCUUCAGCCCCAUCAGUCCUUCAGCCCAUCAGCCCUUCGCUUCGUUCUCUCACCUCUUUGCCCUUCCUUGAGAUGAUGGGAGCUGGGAAGGACAGAGGGUGAAGAAGGGAGGAAUGGAGUUGAUCUUCAGCCCCAUAAGUCCCUCAGCCUCUCAGCCCUUCAGCCUUUGUCCUCGUCAUCUCCACUCACCCUUUCCUGAAUAUUGUGAGUCUGAAGAGGCUCAAAAGUGAGGAAGGGCUAUACCGAGUGAUGGUCUUCAGCCCCAUCAGCCCCUUCAGUCCCUUAAGCCCUUCAGCCUCUAUCUGCCCUUCCUGGAGAUCACUGGGCUGGCAAGGAACGAUGGUGUUUCAGCCCCUUAUAGCCCCUUUAGCCCUCCAACAGCCAGCACAGACAGUUGAUUCUUAGGUUGAAAAGGGGCUUGAUGAGGACUGGUCUUUGGGGCUUAGCGGAGGACUGGGUGAGGUCUUGGGGCUGAGUGUGGGACUGACCGAGGUCUUGGAGGGUCUGGGGACUACACGUGUGGGUGCCAAAAUUGGUGGGCACUGGCGCUGGGUACUAUCUUGUGGAAUAACGAUAGACUAGUAGUGCCAACUCUCUCUCUCUCUCUCUCUCUCUCUCUCUCUCUCUCUCUCUCUCUCUCUCUCUC